AUGACUUCCCACCAGCAAGUUCAGGCAGCGCCUUCCUCGUCAAACGCCACCCCCAAUGUCCAAAACCCAGCUACAGGGCCACAGCAGCUGGGAAAACCUCUUCAUCCAAGAGUAGCGGCUCUGUUGCCCGUGUCGCCGAGUCUGCCGUCACCCGCCCUUCAGCAUCAGCAUCAGCACCGCCACCGCCAACCCCAUGGGAACCAUUGCCAGUAUCGGGAUGUCACCAGGUUGUCAUGGGCCCUCUAUAUCGAGCGAUAUGGACUUUCCGAUGUCUGGAAAACGAAACUAGAAUCGGAAACGGACAGAUACGGGCCCAGAACCCGGAAGGUUGCCGGGAAUACGCCUGGAGAAUUGACAGUGGACGACAAGUCUGGGCAGUGCCCAUACUUGUACAAUCAGGUCCCAUACGUGGAUUGCAGGGACCCGACGUUCAAGCAAAUCCUCGUCACCAAGACGUUACAGGGCACAAGGUAUUACCUGGGACAUUGCGGUGGCGAGUUCGUCUUCCGAUACUGGCCAUCCCGCCAGUCAGGCCCGCAUGCAUUCCUGGGCUCCACUGGCGCCACGACCCAGGAGAACUUCCAUUUUUGCGGCCAGGUCCCUCGACCACGGCCAGAGUAUUCGGAAAGGUUCAGUGUCGUGAAGUCCAAGGUCGUCCGAAUGUUUGCGAGCAUCCUUGGACAUCUCCGCACCCACGAUCACGGCCAUCUUCCCGGCCUCCUCCGGACUGCCUGUGAGCUGGGAAGCGACUUGCCACAAGACGACAUCGAGGAUCUUGGCAUCAAGUGGGAUGUCGCCUUUCCAAAGGGCGCCAGGAUCUCAGAUGAGAUCCGAGUGGCAACGCGGCUUAAUCCCGCGAUUGCGGAGUUUGCACACCUCGUCCGGAUACUGGCUGAGGGAAGGCCGGCCGUUGUCAGGGAUCUCAAGCCACUGGUUCGCAUGGUAGAGGGGAGCACACAACUACCUCUUAGGACAAUUGCAAGGAAUCAUUACGCCAGAUUGGAAAAUGAGGCUUUUAAGCAGCUAUUUUCUGGUGAAUAUUCCCACAACUUGCUGGUUUUCCAGGAUGAUAAAGUCAUGGACGUCCACGCCUUUUACCAGCAGCCAAGAUACCGAACCGAUCCCUUGCACCCCUCCCGCUACCACCAAUUCUUCGCCGCCAACGCUCUCCCGGCUACUCCGACAUUCAGGUUCCUCGAUUGGAACAACGUUUUCGAAGACGACGACAUAGCGCCAUUUCAGGAGGUCCGCUGGAACGCUUCAGAAUUCGAGUUCCAAGUUCUACUCUCCCACUUAGACGACGACGACGACGACGACGACGACGAGACUGGGCAAUCGAGGCCUUCUAGAGGGAAGCAGUAG